AUGGAUAGGGCGAGGCGAGGCGAGUGUGCGUGCGAAAAACCCCCAACACGUCUACGAUUUGUUUUCCGCGUCUGGCAGGGCCCACAGACGACUGGACGCCAGGGAAUUUUGGUAUUCAUUUGCGUGGGUCCUCCCGAGGACUCUGCUCUGAUCUAUCGCCCUGAUCUGCGCCUCCAACUGUGGCGCUUCCUCAGCUAUGCCUUGCUCCAUGCCAGUUGGCUCCAUCUGGGCUUCAAUGUGCUGACGCAGCUGCUCUUUGGCCUGCCCCUGGAGUUGGUGCACGGUUCGGCACGUACGGCAGUGAUCUACAUGGCGGGAGUUCUGGCGGGUUCCCUGGGCACCAGUGUCGUGGACUCUGAGGUGUAUCUGGUGGGCGCCAGUGGUGGGGUUUAUGCUCUUCUCGCCGCACAGGUGGCCAGCGUGCUCCUAAAUUUGGAGCAGAUGCGUCAUGGAAUACUACAGCUAAUGGCUGUGAUUGUGUUUGUUUUCUGCGACUUGGGCUAUGCUUUGUAUUCCAGGGAACUCGAGGAACAGCAAGCGCGGCCCACUGUCUCGUAUAUCGCUCAUAUGACGGGCGCCUUGGCCGGCCUGAGUGUGGGUCUGCUGCUGCUGCGGCAGCUGGAUGGAGGCCUGCGUCCGCGAUUGCUUCGCUGGCUGGCGCUGGGCGUGUGGUCGGCCUUCAGUGUCUUUGGCAUAGCCUUCAAUCUGAUCAACACGGUGACGGCUCAGCUGCUCGCAGAGCAGGAGGGAGAGGUGCUCAAGCAGCAUCUGCUGCACGAUCUGGGCAUGGGCUAAGAAGAACGGAGUAUACAAAAAAGACUACAACACAUCUCUCAUCAUAUCUUAUGCUUUAGUCUCUAGUCAUUAGUUUUGUAAGACUUUCCUCCUACCCUACCCUACCCCCAGGACAGUGUGUGCUCAAACAAAUGAAAGAAAUCCAAAAGUAUCUCUUGGAUAUCUGCUCAAAGUAAUCUUUAAACUUAGAACCCCCUCCCCCAUUUAUAUGUAUCUUAUGCCAAUGCCAAAGGAGCGGAGAGCCAGGCUCACAUCAGAGACUUUGCAACAGAAACUUGAGGAUUGAAGUGAAGGUUUUUGCUCUCUAUUUUGGGCCGAAUGGAUUCUAUCCAUCCAUGUCCAUCCAUUCAAUUGCCUAUUUAGUUAUAAUGCCAAAUAAAACAAACCGGAGCUUAAGAAAGCAGAAAAUGUUAAGCAAAUAAACCACUAGAUAUAUCUAAGGGAAGAGGUAAAGAUAUCAUAGGAAAGAGCUAGAGAUAGCGCAGUGGAAUAUAAUAUACAUAAAGAAAAAGAUGAUGAAAACAGAACUAAAAGAAUGAACUAACGGUAUCAAAAAGAACUAUA